AUGGAGGAUGACAAACUUGUCAUGUUUGACGCCCAUGGCGCCAUUCGCAUGUAUGACCCCGAGAAGUUUGACCAGCUGAUGAAGACGAUUGAGGUGGAGAAGCGCUUCACCGGCCGCAUGGAUGACUUCAGGAAUGUGGUGAACCAAACAAUGUCCAUUGUGGAGCGGCUGGGGGAGGCCAUCGAGCAGGAAAAACUUAGGGCCAUUGGGUCCCGCAACAUUGUAGAGAGCGAGGCAGAGGAACGGUUUCGCACAGUGCAGGAGGCGAAAGUACGUCUUCGCGAGAAGCAGACGGAGUUGGACCGCUAUAUUGCUGAGUACGACUCCCUCUGUAAGGUGGAGCAGGAGCAGAAGCACAUCAUUCAGCGCCUCAGCCAGUCCGCGCGGGACUGA